UCUGACGUGCUGUUAUUCUCAUGUUCAUAUUGCUGUAUUACGUAUUUUGUUUAAUCAGUGGCUUUAUUAACGGUUUAUGCUUGCCUGGCGUUGAUUUUCAUUAGUUAAACAAUGUGGAGUGCCAAUAGUGACGUACCAAUUGUUGAGACAGUAUAUGACAGUGAUGACACCUCAACUCACAAACCGGGAACUAGAGAGAAGAAAGAAACUUUUGCAAAGAAGCAAGAGGAGCAGUUGAAGAGACUAACACAAGUUAUAGAUACAAAUACAACCGUCGAGGAUCUCAUCCAUGAAAUAGAGAAGCGACCUUCUAUUUGGGACUACAGAGUAAAAGGUUAUGCAAAUAAGAUUGAUAAACUGAAUGCGUGGAACGAGAUUCUGGCUCAUUUUAUACCCGAAUUUGAAAACAAACCCACUGAGGAGAAGAACAUUUUGGUUACGAUCGUGCAAAAGAAAUGGAAGGGUGUUCGCAGCUGCUAUACUCGUGAGCUGCUUAGGAAAAAAAACGAAAAAAGUGGUUCGAGAGCAGCAAGCAGGAAACAAUAUGUUCACUUUGAUCAACUCAGAUUUUUGGAGGCAGUACCAAAGAAAACGGAGAGCAGUAUGGCUGCAGAGGAGGCUGGGGAAGAUGAUAAUGUCGAAGAAGAGGAUCCAGACGCUCUUCGCUCAGAUUGCUCUGAUACGCAAUCGCCACUUGACACUUCUUUUGUGGAACCGAAGCCAGUCAGGAAGAGGGAAUACAGUAAUAAUAGUGAUAACGAACUAUUUACUGUACUCUUGAAAAAAGCCCUCCAGAAUGACAAUGAUGAUGAAGACAAGCUUUUCCUUUUAUCAUUAUUAUCGGAAAUUAAAAAGGUUCCCCCACAAAACAAGUUACAGUUACGAUCUAAUAUCAUAGCAGUAAUAGCCCAAGCGCAACAAUCAACUCAACAACAGUGGCCCCCAUCACAACCACUUGUCAAUCAACUCUUUUCAAAUUCAGGACCAUCUCAGCAAUCCCAACCGUACUACGAUACCCCGAGAACACCCCCAUCCCUCCGCCACCGCAAAUCGUGGAACUCUCAGAGUGAUAGUAGUUGUUAACUUUAAAGCAUCCAGAGCCUUCUUUAAAUUGAUCAUAUAAAAUGUUUACCUUUAUUACAAAAAAAGUACAUAUUUUUCUUUUUAUUAGAAUUAGGUAUGAAUAAGUAUUUUUUAAUUCUGUACAGCUCUGUUAAUAAAA